AUUAAAAAGGAGCAAGAGGGAAAGGAGAAGAAAGAAAAAAAUUAAAAAAAAAAUUAGUUCAAAGAGGAAAAUAAUUUUGUCCUGAGCGAAGAAUUCGACUCGUCACUCGAGAUUCUUGCGUUACACGGACGAAGAAGAGGACUCGAAGAAUUACGUAAAGCAUUUCAUUCGUUCCGAGUGUUUGCUUUGUCUAACUGUACCCACGAACACGCAGAGAGAGGAGAGAAAGAGAAAUAUACAGUCGACUAGGACGAACUCGUAAAGAAACUGCUUCGUACGUAAGUAAGUUGGAGAAAGACAUUAUAACAGUUUGAAACGAGUUCGUUGUUUCUCAAAAACGGCCUUAGGUUUUCUUCUUACACGGAUUAAUAGUACAUAGACAAAUGUACCAACCAGAAGGACGAUUAUUGUGGCAAUCCUCUUUCAACAUAUCGCUAUCGGUGAUACGUAUUUUAUGUCUCACAUUUAAUCUGCUGUUAACGUGUUCGUCCAAGUCGUCAAACUCGGAGAUAGCCGAAACUCUUCAUCGACCUAUUAGAAGCUUGUCAUUCCCAGAAGCUAGUACGAUGGGUAUCUUCCUCGCUAUCGCUGUGCCACUCGAAGAUCCCCAGAAAUCGAUUUCCUUGUCGUAUUUCUUCGAAGCCAGCUACAAUUUACCCUCGAACUUGUCGUACUUCGAACCUUGGUCGGCGAAGGCUUCGAAAGGAGAAAGAAAAAGAAGGAGCAGCAUCGACAGAACCACGAUCUACCGGGUACUCGAAAGUAAAUUCAAGAGCUCUGGAUAUCUUGGAAGGGAAUGCCUACUGAAGACUAUCUGCGAGAACUCGGAAUAUCCUUUGAGACAUAAUGGUGUCAUCGGUGAUAUCUUCCACGUCCUAUUCACUCCUACGACUUCGCGACAUGAGAAACUGCCGCGAGAUAUCGUCGAGGCCGAGCUGGUUGGACGUAAUGGAAGCUGCUCGAAGUAUCAACCGCAAUGCCCCGUGGGACUCUUCGACUUGAUUGGAGUCCUCGUAUGAAGCUCGGAAAACCGCAACGGUUUGUCACGCCGCUACUUCCGACGAACGAACGGGGCUGAUUUCGUCUGCAUAAUGAAAACCACCGAAAGAGCGAAAGCCGAGAGAAUUAAAUAGAACGAGCAUAUCUCCAAAUGUUUUUUACUUUUUUUUUUUUUCUUUCUCCAUUUAAUCUCCUGUAAUAAAAACUAGAUUGCAAUAUGAUUAUUAUUUUUAUUUCAUUUAACGAAAUCAUAAAAACGUUUUAGUACAUAUAUAU